UCUUCAUGGCUGAUUUCUCAUCGGACUUCUCCAUGCUCCGCCUCGACUCCUCCUUCUCCUCCUCCCUCAAGCGCCCCUCUCCGCCGCACUCCCACCAGCCCAACCCCAAGAAAGAGAAGCUCUCUCCUCCUCUCCCAUCUGGCUUUUCCAAGAUUACCCCUCUCCCUCCUCUCCCCAAAUCGGGCCGCUCCGAAACCCACAACCCGCUCCUCCGCCGCUGCAUUUCCAACCUCGAUUCUCACUCUCCCCACACCGACGCCGUCGCUUCCCCGCCGUCCGUGGUCUCCACGCUCCCGCCCCACCCCACCCACCACCGCGCCGUCUCCGAGCCCACCUUCUCUCCCGCCGCCAAGUCCGCCUCCCGCACCUCCUCCAGCUCCGGCGACGACGACGACUCCCCCAGUACUAAGAGGAAGCUCAAGAGGAUCAAGGAUCGGUUCAGAGAGAUGACGCUGUGGUUUGAGCAAGUCAUGCUUGAAGAUGUUGAUGACGACGAUGAUGACGCCAUUCAGGUGGAUCAGGAGAAAGCACCAGAGACUCUACAAGAAGAACAAGAGCAGGAGGUGCAGGUUAUCAACAAUGCUGAACCCUCUGAUGAGAAUGUUCAAGGUCUUGUAAUCACUGCUGUCACCGAGGAGGAUUGUGAUCAGAAAAGGUUUGAGGAAUCGGUGAGCGUGGAGAAGGUUGGGGAGUGCAUAGUGAUCCAUUUCAGCUGCCACUGUGGGGUUCCUUAUCAGUUUCUUCUUGCUGGAGGAAAUUGCUACUACAAGCUCAUGUAGUAGCACUCUCUGUGUACGUUUGUGUAGAUUUUAGUACUGACCUGACUAUGAGGACAAUCUGGCUUUUUAGUUCAUACUGUUUGUUGAAUUGAUAUGAGGAUAUAACUCUUUGCAUAGGGGAUUCUUUUCAGAAGGAUUCUUCUGUCUUUGUUUAUGCUCAUAUUAGAUAAAGUGCUAUUCAAAUGGUUUCUGGGGGUGCCAUAGCUGAUAGAAAUGCUUUGUUGCAAGUAUUCUAGACAACGAGUGACUUGUAAGGAUUCAUGUCAAGGGCAACAAAGCAAUGUAACUGCAACUCUUCAAUGCUAUAAACAAUGUCUAG